GGAUAAAAGCACCCACCCCCGCGCAACACAGUGAAAAGAAGAAGCCGAGUCUUCAGACGUUUCAUCGAACACGCAAAGAGCGAAUUCUGAGAAGCCUUCCACCUCCGGCUCUCCAAUGGCGUACGUCGACCACGCUUUCUCCAUCUCCGAUGAGGACAUCAUGAUGGAGACCUCUUACAUCGUCCACAACCGCCCUCCGAUUAAGGAGAUCGCCCUCGCCGUCGCGCUCCUCGUCUUCGGAACCCUAGGGAUCAUCCUCGGCAUUCUCAUGGUCUACAACAGAGUCGGCGGCGACAGAGCUCACGGGUUGUUUUUUGCUAUUUUGGGGGCGAUCUUGUUUAUUCCCGGGUUCUAUUAUACGCGGAUUGCCUACUACGCGUACAAGGGGUACAAGGGGUUCUCUUUCUCCAAUAUACCGCCUGUUUGAUGCUGGUGCAGCUGAUUUUCUCUCGUGUACAUACGUGGCUUACUGAGUUCGAUGUUCUUUUAACUUUUUUUGGUGGAUUUACUUGGUUAUUUUGUUUGAAUAAUGUGUAUUUAGCUGCUACGUGUUAAAACGAGGGCAUUACCGUGGUGAAUUAUUGUAUUUGUUCUGGAGUCACCAGUGGUUUUACGGAACAAUCAAUGUAUUGAAGCCUUCUAUAAUUCUAAUUAAAGGUUCCUCUACGGACACUGCAUCUUCCCAUUAUGAAAAA